UUAUCUCUGACCGACGCUAGCGCCUCUAGUGGCCGGUGCGCUGACUACGCCACGCCGAUCGCGAACGCGAGUCUAGUUCAAAUGUGGCGCGGACAGUUCUGAAACUGUUGCUGGCAGUAGCGGAGUGCGAAUUGUGAACACACCGAAUUAAACGCACGCGAGUGGUUCUAAAAACGAGUUUAAGCCCGGUAGUGUUUCAACAGUCAAAGGAGAUAAGAGGCUUUGGCUGCGCACGCACAUUGUAGGUGAUGGCGCGCCAGCAGUGUUGGCUGAUCUUGGCAGCCUGCGCCCUCUCAGCUGUUGUUACCUGGGGAUCGGCGAGAACCGCAAACGAUGACGGAAUCUGCAUCAGGGUGACGCAUUACGUUGCUGGUGAAGGCAAGAGGGCUAUUGAUGGAGCUACACUCACGUACUGUGCGAGCGAGAGGGACUGUCGCAAAACAGCAGACCAGGUCUGCUGUAACGGCUGGAGGCGGGACCCCGAUUCGAAGAAGUUACGGUGCAUCAAGAUCGUCCGUAAUGACUCUGCAGUGAAUAUUUAUACUGACCUGGGCAGUGCUGAAGAUUCCAGACCUGUUGGCAGGUUUGAGAAUGCAUUGAAGAAAGAAGCUGGUGUCCAGAAGAGCGUGAGACGCCCUCGUGGAUCACCAUCCUCGCCAGAGAACACUUCUCCUGGGAGUCCUCUUGUAAAUAUUGGCCAUAGUGAAGCAAAUGUAGCCUCGAAUGAGAGUGUUAAGGUGUCAGGCACAGCUGAUGAUCACUCUGUACGGGAUCGACAACAGGCCUCGCAAAAUGCCUCUCUGGAAGUGGCAGGCAAAGGAAAUGGGAAGACCGGGACUGGGACACUCAAAAGCAACCCGACCAACUCUCCAGCGAUUCCGGCUGUAGCUGGCAGUGGUACCGGCCACACGUUGACAAAUGCGAAACAGCCAGUAGAGCCUCCGGGAAGUAGUGCCAAUAACACUCAGUCGGAGCCAAAUGCUGCGAGCAGUGCUCAACUACCUGUCACUACCACCAGGAAUACCCCACAUUCCAGUACAGAAAAACAAUCUCCACCCUCCGAAAGCCAUACAGAUGUGACUGGUACUAACCAGAAAUCCUCGCAGAAUCUGCCAGCGUCUCCACAUGAACAGUCGAACACCAUUUCUAGCCAGGUUGAAGAGCCACAUAGCAUUCCACCAGUGGUUGUUCACGCUGAACCCAAAAACGACAGUAGCAGUCCCAGCGCUAUCGGCCACUCUGAGGUGGACUCACAUACACCUGCCAUGAAGGAACAUAGUGACCAGCAUGGGGACACCAACCAAACGAGAGGCCCAGCCCCAGCAGGACCAGUGAGAAGUCCUGUCGCCACAGCGUCCACUGCUGCCAGCGGCGUGACCACCAGCAUGACCUCACAGCCACCAGUUCCCAUCACAGACCUGACAAUGGCCACCAGUACCUACAAAGCACAGCCCCAGGGGGGGCAGACUGUCACCAGUCUGAGUCCAUCUAUCAGUCACAGUGCUGACCCAGUAACGACUGCCUCAUCAGUGUCCACUACCCCCAGCGAAGUCAGAGGGUCUGCAAGCCCAUCGGGGCAAAGUAAUAACCAUCCAACUGCCAGUGGUUCUUUAGUCCAUGUACCUACGCAUUCUGAUCAAGACGUCAGUUCCACGAACCAAAGUGCGCAAGAUACAGGAGGCCCCCUGACACUCACAAGCGAAGAUCUGGCCCACGGGCGACAUGAGGACACCAUACCAUCGCCAGGCACCUUUCAGUCCACCUCUGCACCACCCACUCCCAUCACCACCAUCCAUUCCAGUGCAUCCACCACCACCGCAACCAGCACUAAUGUAUCAGCAUCUGCAGCAGUCAGCACCAACACAACUGCUGCUGCUGCAUCACAGCCACAAGGCUCCAAUGGCACACACGUAGUAGAAAAGGGAACAAUUGACAACAUCGUCCAUGGGGGAGCUUCAGCUCCACUUGCAAUCACUACAACUGCAUCGAAUCAGGCCAUCACCCAUGCGGGCACCACUCCUGCAAGUGCUGGCGACAGAACCAGUGUUCCAGUUUUACAGCAUCCAAACGUGAAUACAGGUAACAUCAACGAAUACAAAGUUACAGUAGAAACCAAGAGCGGCAACGGAAGUAAAACCCAAGGGGCCUCGACUGGAGAUUCUCCUGCGACUGCCGGUCAACAGGGAGGCACCAGCGCUGCCAACACUACGGAGAAGAACGGCAACGGCAACAGUGUUGCCAACUGCUCACUCGCUGAUCCCCUGAAGAACUGCAAUAACACUAACGAUACCGUCCCCACUGUUACGCCGCAGUCGCCGACGGCGCCACCAGUCGCAAAACCGCUGGGCGACAAGGCUCGCGCCGGCACCGCACUGCCAUCUGGCCGCAGCGCGUCGAAAACGGCGAGCGAGGUGACUAUCAGCCUGCUUCUCGUGGCAGCCGUCGCCUUCGUGGUGGCGCUGCUGUACUGGCGCUCACGGCGGCGGAGGCGGCGAUAUAUAAACUGCGGCACUCGCGAGCCAAAUCUCCACUUCUCAAACCCAGUGUACGACCUGGAGACAAUGAUGGAACAAACGUCUCUGGUGAAGCUGCAGAAUGCUGCAGACGUCGAAGAUGGCGAGCUCGAAGACUCUGACCGUGAUGCGACUUUCCAGAGGAAGUGAGCUUGUGCCAACAGGACCGUGACAUGGAUUGCUAAUACAUGGAACAGGAUAGCAUGUGGACCCAUCAGGCAUCAGAAAUCUGUGGGGACCCCACAGUCAGUGCUGUAAUGAAACUUUCUGUCGUGUGUGUUGCUGGUUUUCCUCACAGUCUACGAGCUGUGUGUCAGUGCAUUGUGAUGUCCGAGUAUUGAGCAUUUAGAUAACUAGAGUGUCAGAAAUGGAGCUGAAAUAUGGCGCAAUUCGCUACAUCCUAAGUUUUUGUGCAACAGACUGCCUGAUGUCAGUGUGUCGAUGUUACUUUGUGAAGAUUCAAAUUUUUUGUGUUUAAAAUUGGAGGGUGGGCUCCUUAAAGGGGGCAUAUUUUGCACUUUCACAGGAAACUACAUGUGUGAUUUAUUAAGAAACUGGAUUUAUUACCAGAUGUUCUACAAUAUUUUUCUUGUGUAUGCUGAAAUAAUUUUCAGUUUAGUAAUAUGUUGAUAGUUUUGUGUAACAUUUGGGUGAUACCAAAUGUGAAAUUUUUCACCAUGACAUUUAAGACCAGUUCAUUUCCUACAGCUGCAGAAAGAUUUUUCUUUUUCUCUAUCUCCGUUCUAAAUCUCUUUUAUAGAUUUAUUACUGUACACGUUUCUUUUGUAACAAACGAUCCUCAUACAUUGCUGAUGUAAUUUCUGAAUUCUGUCAUUUCUUGUGACACAGUAUUCCAACAUCCUUGUAAAAAUUGCACUACAUUGUGAUGAAUUUUAAGUCCAUUGACAUUCAUUACUAACUAUAACUGUUUCUUAAUGAUAGUUUUAUUUUGACAGUAAACAUGGUGUGCUAUUUAUGGUUGUCCUUAAUGUGCUUCUUUACAUGAUUUUUUUCCAUUAUUAAUCAUAAUUUUCAGCUUGAGAUUGAUUGCUGGGACUCCAGUUGUGUGUAAGGCAUUGCCUACAAAGGACCACCUUCUUAUCUUUGUGUUACGUAUCCAACCACAAUUUGAUGGUUCCUAAGUUUAUGUUCAAAAUGAUCUAUUUAUUUGAAACUUCCAUCAUUUUACUUAUCCAUUUUGAAAUUCCAUCAUUUUUCUUAUCCAUACAGUAGGAGAAAUAUAUUUUGUUCUUUAUUCCUUCAGUGUACCUAUAGUCCAUCAUUAUCUUUACACGAGCAUUUCUUCUUUUGUUUUGUGGACACCCUUGUCUUCAUUUAACAGUACUUGUUGCUGUCCAGUGUACCUUGUUCUGCUACUGUCUCACCUUUGAAUCUUCCAUCACUUUCAGUGAAUCUCGUUACCAGCAACCACUUCUGUACAUUAUCCUUGUUUGCCUGUAGUUUCCAACUUAUGUCUCCAGGAAUGUUGUCAGGGUUCUCCUGUUAAGACAGAUUGCAUGGCAGAAGUUAGUCAGUCUCUUAUUCCCAAAUGGUGUCCAUCAUUUCCCAGUACCCAUCAUUUCCCCACCUUCUUAUGCACUGUGACAUUCUUCCGUAACAAUCAUCAUACUUUCUGUCCUAAGACUUUUUGACAGUUUCUCAUUAAAGCUUAUAAAAUUGUCCCAUAUGUAGCCCAUGCUCAGCAUUUUUCGACAUACACAGGACCUCUGGUCUUGCAGUGGCCUGAUAUGGUUGUGACUUGGCUCCCCGUUAUUGUGGUUUCAUAUUGUACACAUCAUGGCCUAUUUCAUUAUAUAUACUCUUUCAGUUUUUUCUUGUGUUUGACCUCUCCCGUUGGUAUUUCAGUAUUUUGACAUGUUACAUAUCCCCCUGAAUUGUUUUUUAUCUUGGUCACAUAUUUUCUUUUUAGUCCAAAAUUUUGAAUUCCAUUUUAUAAAUGUUUUGGCACAGUUUUCCAUCUUUCUUUCCACCUGUGGUGGGAAGAUUAGGAGGCCAUUCACAAAAUGUAGAUAAUUCUAUACCUAGUAUUAUUUUAGGACAUCUGAAAAUUAAUCAGUGCAUGCUUUUGCAGCAGAGAAUGGAACAUAGACAUAACAUGGUCUGAAAUUAUUGUUAAUAAAUGUUGAAUCGACUGGUCAUCUCACAGCCUCCAAAACUGAUCUUUGACAGAAUCGGACAAUUGCAGGGACCUACCAUAUUCUGAAGAGUUGUGCAAGACUGAGACAAACAAGGGUAUUAUCCUGAAAAAACACAGUCAGCAUACUCCUGUAAGGUUUUUAGUCACACUGUUCUAUUGCUUGCAGUCACACAAUGAUAGGUGUUUCCAGUGUGACCAUGAGAAAUUGAGACUGAUCAAAAAUCAGUAUUACUUCACACAUUCUAAAAACAGAAAGCACUGCAAAAUUACAAAACCAGAAAUAACACUGAUUAAAUAUCAGUUUGCAGUUAGUGAUUCUAUGACAAAGCCUUCUCAAUCCAAACUCUUUUAUAUGGUCGUAUAAGGUUUAUACUGUUUAAUAUCCCUUUCCUGUCUCCAUUUGUCUGUCAUAUCUCUUGGUAUUGUAGCGUUUCUGCAUUUAACUUAAAGCUUGAGAAGACACUACAAUUUAAUGAAUGUCUUAAUUUACUGACCUUUUCUGAGAAUUUGCCACUCUUUGCAUUACACGCUGAGAAAACAUGAAAUCUGUGUGGCCUUUGAAGUCUGAUUCACUUGUAGUAACCUAUUACUUAACAUAAAAUACAAUACAUAUUAGUAAAUGACAUGGCAACAGAAGUAGUUGGCGAUGUCAUAAGGGCUGCAAGAAUCACUCUACAUUGACCGGAUGCUUCUUGUGUAGCAGUCAGACUGCUGCGAUAAAUUAUGUGCCUUCUGUGCUAAUCUAGUUAGCGAUUUUGUGUGGUUUGUGCCAGCUGAAAAUAAGAUUGCUCUCUGUCUUUGCUUGUGUCUGAAGUUGCUAGAUCAUUUUCAUAUAUGGUAGACUGCUGUAUGGCAAUAGCCAUUUGUUGUAAGUUGUCUUGUGUUGUGUUUUUUCUAGUUUUUCAAUGUUAAUGGCACACUUUUUGCUGUAAAAGUGUUUUACAAAUAAAUAUGUUUCAGUACUA